AUGCCGGGCGCGGAGGAGCGGGCAGCGCAGGCUGCGGAGAACGCCGACCCGGAGCCCGGCGCCGCCGACCCGCGCCUGCGACUCCUGGGGGCCUACGUGGCCCGGAGCCUGCGGCCGGCCGUCGGCGCCUGGGAGCGCUGCGCCGGCACGGCCGAGGCGGAGCGGCUGCUGCACGCCUUCCUGGGCCGUGAUGCUGCGGGGGGCCCGAGGCCGCUGCUGGUGGUGCGGCCCGGGCCCGGGGGCCUGGCGGUGCGACCCGGGCUGGACGCGGGGCCCGAGGCCGCCCCGCCCCGCGCCAAGGGGCUUUUCUUCCUGCGCACCGGGCCCGAGCCGCCGGGGCCCCGCAGCCUCCGCGGCGCCGUGCUGUGCGGGGACGUGCCCGCCGCCCCUCUGGAGCACCUGGCCGCGCUGUUCUCCGAGGUGGUUAUCCCCGUCCUGGCCAAUGAGAAGAACCACCUCGACUGGCCCCACGUGGUAUGUCAGGACGUCCAGAGGCACGCCCACAGCCUCCAGGGUGACCUCCUGGUUCUCCUCGAGCAACUGAAGGGGAAAACCUUGCUGCCUCUUCCAGUGGGUGCAGAACAACUCGAGUUGGUGGCUUCUCAGAGUGAGACCGGCUUGGACUGCGACAAGUCCAUCAUCUACGCCCUUGAGUCGGCCGUGAUCCAGUGGAGCCGCCAAGUCCAGCUGGUGCUCAAGAGAGAGUCUUCCCAGUCACUCCAGCAAGGGGAGAGCCCCACCCCUAAGGCGGAGUUGGAGUUCUGGAAAAGCAGGUCUGAGGAUCUGGACUACAUUUAUAAUCAACUGAGAGCCAUAAAGGUGAGGGGCACGGCGAGGCUCCUGGACAAGCUUCAAAGCAGCUACUUCCCAGCUUUCCAGGCCAUGUUCAGAGACGUCCGAGCAGCUCUGACAGAGGCACGGGACAUCCGAACGCACCUGAUGCCACUCUCCCGCCACCUGGAGCUCCUCGAGAGCCUGGAGUUUCCCGAGGUGAAGCCACGGCUGUGUCCCCUGCUCCACGUGGUCUGUCUGAUCUGGGCCACCUGCGAGUCCUAUCGCACCCCGGGGCGGCUCACCAUACUACUCCAGGAGAUCUGCAACCUCCUCAUCCAGCAGGCCUCGAAUUAUCUCUGCCCGGAGGGCCUCCUGAGAAGUGAGGUGGAGGAAAGUCAGAGGAAACUGCACGUGGCCGUGGACACAUUGAGCUUCUUCAAGCAGGGGUUUCAGGACAGAAGGGAGCAUCUCCGUGCUUACUUCAAAGAGAACCAGGAGGUCAGGCAGUGGGAUUUCCAGUCUUCUUUGGUCUUCGAGCGAUUGGAUGGCUUCCUGGGGCGGCUGCUCAUGGUGCAGGAUCUCCUGAAGACAGCCCUGGAUUUCCACCAACUGGGAAAGCUUGAAUUUAGUGGCAUCAGAGGGAAUGCCCUGAGUCAGCAGGUCCAGCAAAUGUACGACGGAUUUCAAGAGAUGUACAGGGUCUUCUCAGAGUCCUCCUGUGACUGCUUGGACCCCCAGAGCAUGGAAUUCGAAAAUGACGUGUGUGAAUUUAACCGAAGAGUAGAAGAUCUUGACCGAAGACUGGGGGCUAUCUUCAGUCAAGCCUUCGAUGAUGCCCCUGAUUUGGAGCACGCCUUCAAGCUGCUGGAUAUAGCAGGGAAACUCCUGGAAAGACCGCUGGUAGCACAAGAUGCAUCUGAAAAAUACUUGCUGCUCAUCCAAAUGUUCAUCAAAGACCUGGAUACAGUGAGGGCGAUAUACAGUCAGCGUGUCCAGGAGGAGGCAGAACUUGGGUUCUCCUCGGUGCACAAGAACAUGCCCACUGUGGCUGGGGGUCUCCGCUGGGCGCAGGAGCUGAGGCAGCGCAUCCAGGGGCCCUUCGCCAACUUCAAGCGCAUCACCCAUCCUUGCAUGGACUCUGCUGAAGGAAAGCGAAUGACCCAGAAAUAUGAAGAUACGCUCUCACUGCUGGAAAAGUAUGAGACAAGACUUUAUGAGGACUGGUGCCAGACAGUGUCAGAGAAGUCACAGUACAAUCUUUCCCGGCCACUCCUGAAACGGGACUCAGAGACGAAGCAGAUCACCGUCAACUUUAACCCCCAGCUGCUUUCGGUGCUGAAGGAAAUGAGUUAUCUUGAGCCCAGGCAGAUGCAGCGCAUUCCUGACAUAGCAGCAGCCAUGUUCUCCUCCAGGGAAUUCUAUCGGCAGCUCGUGGCUAAGUUGGAGCUGAUGGCAAAUUGGUACAACAAGGUGGUGAAGACUCUUGCAGAGGUGGAAUUUCCCUUAGUGGAGGAAGAGCUGAGGGAUAUCGAUCUCCGCCUGAGAGCUGCAGAGGGGACUCUGAACUGGAAAACAGAAGGCAUUUGGGAUUAUGUCAUUCAAAUCACCAACAGCAUUCAUGAUCUCGAACAAAGAAUUCAGAAAGCUAAAGACAAUGUGGAAGAGAUUCAAAACAUCAUGAAAACGUGGGUGUCUCCAAUAUUUAAGAGAAAAGAUGGAAAAAAGGAAUGCCUUCUUUCCAUGGAUGAUCAGCAUGACCAGAUGGAAAAAUAUUACCAUCUCAUCAGAGAAUCUGGACUUAAGAUUCACGCCCUUGUUCAGGAAAACCUAGGUCUGUUUGCAGCAGACCCAACCUCUAAUAUCUGGAAGACUUAUGUUAACUACAUUGAUGAGAUGUUGCUGGAUGGAUUUUUUCUUGCCAUCGAAUGCUCCCUCAAGUACCUCCUGGAGAACACUGAGUGUAAGGCAGGCCUCACCCCGAUAUUUGAAGCCCAGCUGAGCUUAGCCAUACCAGAAUUAGUUUUCUCUCCGCCCCUGGAGUAUGGAGUGAAGGGUGGUUUCUAUGAUGCUGUUGAGGGUCUGGUCACCAGCAUUUUUGGAAUAUCAUCUCUGGUGCCACGGCUUCCCCCCCAGAACGGCUCUCCCCACUACCAGGUGGACGUGGAGGGCAUGGCCCCUUUGGCAAGCAUGAGGCGCACGCUCCUGGACAGGGUUCAGAGCAUGAUGGCCCUCUGCUGUGGCUAUCGGAGUGCCUUCAGCCAGUAUUCCUACCUCUACGUGGAGGACCGGAGGGAGAUCCUGAGCCAGUUUCUGUUGUAUGGGCGUGUCCUCACCCCCGAGGAGAUGGAAGCCCACACAGAAGAUGGCAUUCCAGAGAAUCGUCCUCCCCUUCUCCAUCAGUUUAAAGCGCAGAUUGACUCCUACGAAAGGCUCUACGAAGAAGUGUGUAGGCUGGAGCCCAUCAAGGUGUUCGACGGCUGGAUGAAAAUUGACCUCCGACCCCUGAAAGCGUCUCUGCUGAAUCUAAUUAAGAGGUGGAGCCUCACGUUCAAACAGCAUCUCGUUGACCAUGUCACCAACAGCUUGGCCGACCUUGAAGUGUUUAUAAAAAAUACUGAGAGCGGCAUGCUCAAGAAAGUUGAAAAAGGAGACUCCGAAGGAUUGGUCGAGGUCAUGGGACACCUUAUGGCUCUGAAAGAACGACAGAGCAGCACCGAUGAGAUGUUUGAGCCCUUAAAGCAGACAAUUGAAUUGCUGAAGACCUAUGAACAGGAAUUGCCCGAAAUGGUGUUUAAGCAGCUGGAGGAGCUGCCUGAGAAGUGGAACAACGUGAAAAAGAUGGCUGUCACCAUGAGGCAGCAGGUAGCGCCACUGCAGGUGAAUGAAGUGGCCGUCCUCCGCCAGAGGUGCUCAGCCUUUGACCUUGAACAACAGCAGUUCUGGGAGCAGUUCCGCAGGGAAGCCCCCUUCAGGUUUGAUAGCAUUGACCCUCACCGAGUUCUGGAUGCCAGGCACACGGAGAUACAGCAGAUGGAAUCUACCAUGGCCUCCAUUUCUGAGGCUGCUGGCUUGUUUGAAGUCAAUGUUCCUGAUUACAAGCAGCUGAAGCAAAGCAGAAAGGAGGCGUGCCAGCUGAAGGAGCUCUGGGACACCAUUGGGGUGGUGACCUCCAGCAUCCAUGCCUGGGAGACCACCCGGUGGAAGGAGGUCAACGUGGAGGCUCUGGACUGGGAGUGUAAACGGUUUGCCAGGCACAUCCGGAACCUCGACAAGGAGGUCAGGGCCUGGGAUGCAUUCACAGGCCUGGAGAACAUGGUGUUGAACACCCUGACUUCCCUGAGGGCGGUGGCCGAGCUGCAGAACCCAGCUAUCCGGGAGCGGCACUGGAGACAGCUGAUGCAGGCCACGGGUGCGAGCUUCACCAUGGACGAGGACGCCACCCUGGCCCAUCUCCUGCAGCUCCAGCUGCACCAUUUUGAGGACGAGGUCCGGGGCAUUGUGGACAAAGCCGUGAAAGAGAUGGCCAUGGAGAAGACCUUGAAGGAGCUGCAGACCACCUGGGCCAGCAGGGAAUUCCAGUACGAGCCCCACCCGCGGACCAACGUCCCCCAGCUUCAGUCAGACGAGGACCUCAUCGAGGUUCUGGAGGACAACCAAGUCCAACUGCAGAACCUGAUGAUGUCCAAGUACAUCGCCUUCUUCCUGGAGGACGUGUCUGGCUGGCAGAAGAAGCUGUCCAUGGCUGAUGCUGUCAUCUCUGCCUGGUUCCAUGUGCAGCGCACGUGGUCUCACCUGGAAAGUAUAUUCAUUGGCUCCGAGGAUAUCCGGGCUCAGCUGCCCCAGGAUUCUAAAAGAUUCGAAGGCAUUGACAUUGACUUUAAAGAGCUAGCUUAUGCCGCCCAGAAGACUCCCAAUGUAGUGGAAGCCACCAACAAACCAGGUCUUUACGAAAAACUGGAAGAUCUUCAGAGCAGGUUAUACCUGUGUGAGAAGGCCCUGGCCGAGUACCUGGAUACCAAAAGGCUUGCCUUCCCUCGGUUUUACUUUCUGUCCUCUUCUGACCUGUUAGACGCCCUUUCCAAUGGCACAGCACCACAACAGGUCCAACGCCAUCUUUCCAAACUCUUUGACAAUAUGGCGAAGAUGCAGUUCCAACCGGAUGCUGGUGAGCCACCAACCAAGAUAAGUCUCGGCAUGUACAGCAAGGAAGGAGAGUACGUGGCCUUCAGCGAGCCCUGUGACUGCAGCGGUCGGGUGGAAAUAUGGUUGAACCGUGUGCUUGCUCAUAUGAGGGCCACAGUGAGGCACGGGAUGACAGAAGGUGUAGCUGCCUACGAAGAAAAGCCAAGGGAACAGUGGCUCUUUGACUAUCCAGCUCAGGUGGCCCUGACCUGCACUCAGAUCUGGUGGACCACAGAGGUGGGCAUUGCAUUUGCCAGGCUGGAGGAAGGCUACGAGAAUGCCAUGAAGGACUAUUACAAGAAGCAAGUGGCCCAGCUCAAAACCCUCAUCACCAUGCUAAUCGGCCAUCUCUCCAAAGGGGACCGGCAGAAGAUCAUGACCAUAUGCACCAUUGAUGUGCAUGCCCGGGAUGUGGUGGCCAAGAUGAUUGCUCAGAAGGUGGACAGUGCUCAGGCCUUCCUCUGGCUGUCCCAGCUGCGGCAUCGUUGGGAUGAUGAGGCCAAACACUGCUUCGCCAACAUCUGUGAUGCCCAGUUUCUCUAUUCCUACGAGUACCUGGGAAACACGCCUCGCCUGGUGAUCACGCCUCUGACGGACAGAUGCUACAUCACCCUCACCCAGUCUCUGCACCUGACCAUGAGUGGAGCCCCAGCAGGACCUGCAGGCACAGGCAAGACAGAGACCACCAAGGACCUGGGCCGAGCACUGGGCAUCAUGGUGUAUGUGUUCAACUGCUCAGAGCAGAUGGACUACAAGUCUUGCGGCAACAUCUACAAAGGCCUCGCUCAGACCGGUGCCUGGGGCUGUUUUGAUGAGUUUAACCGAAUCUCGGUAGAGGUCUUGUCGGUGGUGGCCGUGCAGGUCAAAAGCAUUCAAGAUGCAAUCCGAGACAAGAAGCAGCGGUUCAACUUCCUUGGGGAGGAGAUUAGCCUGGAUCCUUCUGUGGGAAUCUUCAUCACCAUGAACCCGGGCUACGCCGGCCGCACAGAACUUCCGGAGAACCUCAAGGCUCUCUUCAGGCCUUGUGCAAUGGUGGUUCCAGACUUUGAGCUGAUCUGCGAGAUCAUGCUGGUGGCAGAAGGAUUCGUUGAAGCGCGGUCGUUAGCCCGAAAGUUCAUCACCCUUUACCAGUUGUGCAAAGAGCUGCUGUCUAAACAGGAUCACUAUGACUGGGGCCUGCGGGCCAUCAAGUCUGUGCUGGUGGUGGCCGGAUCCCUGAAGCGAGGGGACCCUGACCGCCCCGAGGACCAAGUCCUGAUGCGCUCCUUGCGAGAUUUCAACAUCCCCAAGAUCGUGACCGACGACAUACCAGUGUUCAUGGGCCUGAUCGGGGACCUCUUUCCUGCCCUGGAUGUCCCCCGGAGAAGAGAUCUCAACUUCGAAGCGUUGGUUCGGAAGGCAGUAGUGGAUCUGAAGCUCCAGGCUGAGGACAACUUUGUGCUCAAGGUGGUCCAGCUGGAGGAGCUCCUGGCCGUGCGACACUCUGUGUUCGUGGUGGGCAGCGCGGGCACUGGCAAGUCUCAGGUGCUGAAAUCCUUGCACAAGACCUAUCAGAUCAUGAAACGCCGCCCUGUCUGGGCUGACCUCAACCCCAAAGCAGUCACAAACGAUGAACUCUUUGGCAUCAUCAAUCCGGCCACCAGAGAAUGGAAGGAUGGACUGUUCUCUUCCAUCAUGCGGGAGCUAGCCAACAUCACCCAUGAUGGACCCAAGUGGAUCUUACUGGAUGGCGACAUAGAUCCAAUGUGGAUUGAGUCUCUGAACACUGUCAUGGAUGAUAACAAGGUGCUGACCCUGGCGAGCAACGAGAGGAUCCCCCUGAAUCCCACGAUGAGGCUGCUCUUCGAGAUCAGCCACCUGCGGACGGCCACACCAGCAACUGUCUCCAGAGCAGGAAUCCUGUACAUCAACCCAGCAGACCUGGGGUGGAACCCUCCAGUGAGCAGCUGGAUUGACAAGAGGGAAAUGCAGACAGAGAGAGCCAACCUCACCAUUCUGUUUGACAAGUACCUCCCAACCUGCUUGGACACACUCAGAACCAGAUUUAAGAAGAUAAUUCCGAUCCCAGAGCAGAGCAUGGUCCAGAUGCUGUGCCACCUUCUCGAAUGUCUCCUGGCUGAGGAGGACAUCCCUGCGGACUGCCCCAAGGAAACCUACGAGCUGUAUUUUGUGUUUGCUGCCAUCUGGGCUUUCGGCGGAGCAAUGGUCCAGGAUCAGCUCGUGGACUACCGGGCAGAGUUCAGCAAGUGGUGGCUGACGGAGUUCAAGACGAUCAAGUUCCCCUCCCAGGGAACUAUCUUUGACUACUACAUAGACCCAGCGACCAAGAAAUUUGAGCCUUGGUCCAAGCUCAUCCCCCAGUUUGAAUUUGACCCCGAGAUACCUCUGCAGGCUUGUUUGGUGCACACGAGCGAGACCAUCCGAGUGUGCUACUUCCUGGAGCGGCUCAUGGAGCGGCGGCGGCCGGUCAUGCUGGUGGGGACCGCGGGCACAGGCAAGUCGGUGCUGGUGGGGACCAAGCUGGCCAGCCUGGACGCUGAGGAGUACCUGGUGAGGAACGUGCCGUUCAACUACUACACCACGUCGGCGAUGCUGCAAGCUGUCCUGGAAAAGCCUCUAGAAAAGAAGGCUGGCAGAAAUUAUGGCCCCCCAGGCAACAAGAAGCUUAUCUAUUUCAUCGAUGACAUGAACAUGCCCGAGGUGGACGCCUACGGGACUGUGCAGCCCCACACCAUCAUCCGGCAGCAUCUGGACUAUGGCCACUGGUAUGAUCAGAGCAAGCUGUCCCUGAAGGAGAUCAGGAAUGUCCAGUAUGUUUCCUGUAUGAACCCCACCGCAGGCAGCUUCACCAUCAACCCACGGCUUCAGCGUCAUUUCAGUGUGUUCGUCCUCUCCUUCCCGGGAGCAGACGCCCUGGCCUCCAUCUACGGCACCAUCUUGACUCAGCACCUAACGUUCGGACACUUCCCAGCGGCCCUGCAGAAAUCCAGCCCCCAGCUCAUCAAUCUGGCCCUGACCUUCCACCAGAAAAUUGCCACCACGUUCCUACCCACAGCGAUCAAAUUCCACUACGUUUUCAACCUCAGAGACUUUGCCAACAUUUUCCAGGGCAUUCUCUUCUCCUCAGUAGAAUGUGUAAAAUCCACACAGGACCUAGUAAAGCUCUAUCUGCAUGAAUCAAAUCGGGUUUAUCGGGAUAAGAUGGUGGAAGAAAAGGACUUUGAUCUCUUUGAUAAAAUCCAGACAGAAGUGGUCAAGAAAAUUUUUGACGAUAUUGAUGAGCCUGUGGAGCAGACCCGAAGCCUGAACAUGUACUGCCAUUUUGCCAGUGGUAUCAGUGAGCCCAAGUACAUGCCCGUCCAGUCGUGGGAACUUCUGACCCAGACUCUGGUGGAAGCCCUGGAGAACCACAAUGAAGUCAACACAGUGAUGGACCUGGUUCUCUUUGAGGACGCCAUGCGCCAUGUCUGCCACAUCAACCGCAUCUUGGAGUCCCCCCGGGGAAAUGCGCUGUUGGUCGGCGUGGGUGGGAGCGGCAAGCAGAGUCUGACAAGGCUCGCAGCGUUCAUCAGCUCCAUGGAUGUAUUCCAGAUCACGCUGCGGAAGGGCUACCAGAUCCCGGACUUCAAGAUGGACCUGGCCAGUUUGUGCCUGAAAGCCGGAGUGAAGAAUCUCAGCAUGGUGUUUCUCAUGACCGAUGCCCAAGUGGCUGAUGAGAAGUUCCUUGUGCUAAUCAAUGAUCUCUUGGCAUCUGGAGAGAUCCCAGACCUCUACUCUGAUGAUGAAGUCGAAAACAUCAUAAACAAUGUGAGGAAUGAAGUCAAGAGCCAAGGUCUUGUUGACAACAGAGAGAACUGUUGGAAGUUUUUUAUAAAUCGGGUCCGACGACAACUGAAGGUGACUCUCUGUUUUUCCCCUGUGGGAAACAAGCUGAGAGUCCGCAGCAGGAAGUUCCCAGCCAUUGUGAACUGCACGGCCAUCGACUGGUUCCACGAGUGGCCUCGGCAGGCACUGGAGUCCGUCAGCCUCCGCUUCUUACAGAACACAGAAGGCAUUGAGCCCACAGUCAAGCAGUCAAUUAGCAAGUUCAUGGCUUUUGUGCACACAAGUGUCAACCAGAUGUCUCAGUCUUAUCUGAGCAAUGAGCAGCGCUACAACUACACAACUCCCAAAUCAUUCCUGGAGUUCAUCAGACUCUACCAGAGCUUGCUGCGCAGAAAUGGAGAAGAGCUCAAGUCCAAAAUGGAGCGUCUCGAGAAUGGGCUGCUGAAGCUUCACAGCACGUCUGCACAGGUGGAUGGGCUGAAAGCCAAACUGGCCGCCCAGGAAGGGGAGCUGAGGCAGAAGAAUGAAGAUGCGGACAAGCUGAUUCAGGUGGUUGGCAUAGAGACGGACAAGGUGAGCAGAGAGAAGGCCAUGGCGGACGAGGAGGAGCGGAGGGUGGCCCUCAUCAUGCUCGAGGUGAAGCAGAAGCAGAAGGACUGUGAGGAGGACCUGGCUAAGGCGGAGCCGGCGCUCACGGCAGCCCAGGCGGCUCUCAACACCCUCAAUAAGACCAACCUGACCGAGCUGAAGUCAUUUGGGGCCCCGCCUCCAGCUGUCAGCAACGUCAGUGCGGCAGUGAUGACCCUCACGGCCCCCGGGGGCCGGGUGCCCAAGGACCGGAGCUGGAAGGCCGCCAAGGUCACCAUGGCCAAAGUGGACGGUUUCCUGGACUCCCUCAUCAACUUCGACAAGGAGAACAUUCCCGAGAGCUGCCUCAAGGCCAUCAGGCCAUACCUGCAGGAUCCAGAGUUCCGCCCCGAGUUCGUGGCCACCAAGUCGUAUGCAGCCGCAGGUCUCUGCUCCUGGGUCAUCAACAUCGUGCGGUUCUACGAGGUCUUCUGCGACGUGGAACCCAAGCGCCAGGCGUUGAGCAGGGCCACCGCAGACCUCACUGCCGCCCAGGAGAACCUGGCAGCCAUAAAAGCCAAAAUCGCUCACCUUAAUGAAAACCUGGCCAGACUCACAGCCAAGUUUGAGAAAGCAACGGCAGAUAAACUCAAAUGUCAGCAAGAAGCUGAAGUGACCACAGGCACCAUCUCCCUUGCAAAUCGCCUGGUGGGAGGACUUGCCUCUGAGAACGUGAGGUGGGCAGAAGCCGUGCAGAACUUCCGACACCAGGAGAGCAAGUUAUGUGGAGACAUUGUACUCACCACAGCUUUCGUGUCCUACCUCGGCUUCUUUACGAAGAGAUACCGGCAGAGCCUCAUGGACGGGACCUGGAGACCCUACCUGAGCCGGCUGGAGGUCCCCAUCCCCGUCACCCCCACCCUGGAUCCCCUGAGGAUGCUGACGGAUGAUGCCGACGUGGCAGCCUGGCAGAACCAGGGCCUCCCCGCGGACCGCAUGUCCACGGAGAAUGCCACCAUCCUCCUCAGCUGUGAGCGCUGGCCCCUCAUGGUUGACCCACAGCUACAAGGCAUCAAGUGGAUCAAGAACAAAUACGGCGAGAACCUCCGGGUCACUCAGAUCGGCCAGAAGGGCUACCUCCAAACCCUAGAGCGUGCCCUGGAGGCUGGAGACGUGGUGUUGAUCGAAAACCUAGAAGAGUCCGUUGAUCCUGUUCUGGGACCCCUGCUUGGGAGAGAGAUCAUCAAGAAAGGACGAUUCAUUAAAAUUGGAGACAAAGAGUGUGAAUACAAUCCCAGGUUCCGGCUCAUCCUUCACACCAAGCUAGCCAAUCCUCACUACCAGCCCGAACUGCAGGCUCAGGCCACCCUGAUCAACUUCACAGUGACCAGGGACGGCCUGGAGGACCAGCUGCUGGCUGCUGUGGUCAGCAUGGAGAGGCCGGACCUGGAGCAGCUGAAGUCAGAUCUCACGAAGCAGCAGAAUGGGUUCAAAAUCACCCUGAAGACCUUAGAAGACAACCUGCUAUCUCGCCUCUCCUCAGCAUCUGGGAACUUCCUGGGGGACACGGCCUUAGUGGAGAACCUGGAGACCACCAAGCAGACAGCCACCGAAGUUGAGAAGAAGGUCCAAGAGGCCAAGGUGAUGGAAGUGAAAAUCAAUGAGGCCCGAGAGCACUACCGGCCAGCAGCUGCCCGAGCCUCUCUGCUCUACUUCAUCAUGAAUGACCUCAGCAAGAUCCACCCGAUGUACCAGUUUUCUCUCAAGGCAUUCAGCAUCGUCUUCCAGAAGGCUGUGGAGAAGGCUGCCCCAGAUGAGAGCCUCAAGGAGCACGUGACCAAUCUGAUAGACAGCAUCACCUUCUCUGUGUACCAGUACACCACCCGUGGGCUCUUUGAGUGUGACAAGCUGACCUAUCUUGCCCAGCUUACCUUUCAGAUUCUCCUCAUGAACGGGGAAGUUGAUGCGGCAGAGCUGGAUUUCCUGCUUCGAUCUCCAGGACAGACGGGCGUCACCAGUCCCGUGGGCUUCCUCUCCCAUCAGGCCUGGGGUGGCAUCAAGGCACUUUCAUCAAUGGAAGGAUUCUAUAAUCUGGAUCGGGAUAUUGAGGGAUCUGCCAAGAGCUGGAAAAAGUUUGUGGAAUCGGAAUGUCCUGAGAAGGAGAAGUUUCCACAGGAGUGGAAGAACAAGACAGCCCUGCAGCGCCUCUGCAUGAUGAGAGCCAUGCGGCCGGACCGGAUGACCUACGCCAUGCGAGAUUUUGUCGAGGAGAAGUUGGGAAGCCAAUACGUGGUGGGAAGAGCUCCAGACUUUGCGACCUCAUUUGAGGAAUCAGGACCAGCCACACCCAUGUUUUUCAUCCUGUCUCCAGGGGUGGACCCCCUGAAGGACGUGGAGAAUCAAGGUAAAAAGCUCGGGUACACCUUCAACAACAGGAACUUCCACAACGUGUCUUUGGGGCAAGGACAGGAAAUAGUGGCUGAGGCGGCGCUGGACCUGGCUGCCAAGAAAGGUCACUGGGUUAUUUUGCAGAACAUCCACCUGGUGGCCAAGUGGCUCGGCACCCUGGAAGAGAAGUUGGCAGAGUAUGGUGAGAACAGCCACCCGGAGCUGAGGGUUUUCAUCAGUGCGGAGCCUGCACCCUCCCCGGAGGGCCACAUCAUCCCCCAGGGCAUCCUGGAGAACUCCAUCAAGAUCACCAACGAGCCUCCCACAGGCAUGCAUGCCAACCUGCACAAGGCCCUGGACAAUUUCACUCAGGACACGCUGGAGAUGUGUUCCCGGGAGACGGAGUUUAAGAGCAUCCUCUUUGCUCUUUGUUACUUUCACGGGGUGGUGGCAGAGAGACGGAAGUUUGGGCCACAGGGAUGGAAUCGUUCAUACCCCUUCAACACCGGGGACCUCACCAUCUCUGUGAACGUGCUCUACAACUUCUUGGAGGCCAACACAAAGGUCCCCUAUGAUGAUCUGCGCUACCUCUUUGGAGAGAUCAUGUAUGGAGGCCAUAUCACAGAUGACUGGGACAGGAGACUCUGCAGGACGUAUCUGGAGGAAUUCAUCAGACCAGAAAUGCUAGAAGGAGAGCUGUCUCUGGCACCAGGUUUCCCACUCCCGGGCAACCUAGAUUACAUUGGCUACCAUCAGUACAUCGAUGCCGAGCUGCCUCCAGAUUCGCCCUACCUCUACGGCCUGCACCCCAAUGCCGAGAUCGGCUUCCUGACCCAGACCUCGGAGAAGCUCUUCCGCACCGUGCUGGAGCUGCAGCCCCGGGACAGCCACGCCGGGGACGGAGCAGGGGCCACAAGGGAAGAAAAGGUCAAGGCCCUCCUGGAAGAAAUCCUCGAGCGAGUGACAGACGAGUUUAACAUGCCAGAGCUGCUGGCCAAAGUGGAGGAGCGCACCCCCUACCUUGUCGUCACCUUCCAGGAGUGCGAGCGGAUGAACGUCCUCACCAGGGAGAUCCGGCACUCGCUGAGGGAGCUGGACCUCGGCUUAAAGGGGGAGCUGACCAUGACCAGUGACAUGGAGACGUUACAGAAUGCCCUGUACCUGGACACAGUGCCGGAGCCCUGGGCUAGGCGAGCCUACCCUUCCACGGCAGGCCUGGGAGUCUGGUUUUUAGACCUCCUCAACCGAAUCAAAGAGUUGGAGGCCUGGCUAGGAGACUUGGCAAUGCCCUCCACGGUGUGGCUGACAGGCUUCUUCAACCCCCAGUCCUUCCUGACCGCCAUCAUGCAGUCCACAGCCCGCAAGAACGAGUGGCCACUGGACCAGAUGGCCCUGCAGUGUGAAGUGACAAAGAAGAAUAGGGAAGACUUCAGGAGCCCCCCUCGGGAAGGGGCCUACAUCCAUGGCCUCUUCAUGGAAGGCGCUCGCUGGGACGCACAGGCUGGGAUCAUUACAGAGGCAAAGCUGAAGGAUCUGACACCCCCCAUGCCUGUGAUGUUCAUCAAGGCCAUUCCUGCAGAUAAGCAGGACUGCCGCAGCAUCUACCCUUGUCCUGUGUACAAGACUUGUCAGCGGGGACCCACCUACGUGUGGACUUUCAACCUGAAGACUAAGGAGAAGCCAUCUAAGUGGGUUCUAGCUGGAGUCGCUUUGCUUCUCCAGACUUAGCUGCCUGCAGAACCACUAAGAAAACAAGGCGGGGCUGGAGGCUGCCCAGGACAAGUGGGUGAG